GUGCGGAUCAAGUGUGGUCAAAGCUAACUCGCGUCUGAGAAAGUUGCGCGAAGGCAAGUACUCUCGGGGAGAGCUGACAUGCAUCGGUUGGUCUUCAUUUUGCUUUGGCUCCAGAAUUAUUUGGAAAAGUCUGGUGUUUGGUCCCAAACACAAACGUUUUGCAACGGUGGAACGUGUUACAGUUUGCACUGGGAUGGAGGCUCCUUUGUACAGGCAAAGGAGAGGUGUGAAGCCAACAAAGGAAUCCUGACCUCCAUGGAAAGUGAGCGCGAAGCAGAGAACAUUCGGCAGCUUUUAGAAAAUAACGUGAAUGUUGUUCCUCAACUGCAUCGCCUGUGGAUUGGACUUCACAGGAAGGUCAAGCAGUGCUACAUUGCUGAAAAGGCGCUACGUGGAUUCUCAUGGGUCAGCGGGAAUGACCAUUCUACCUACAACCCCUGGAUUCGGGAACCACUGCAAACCUGCAUUUACAAGAGAUGCGUGGAACUUGUGGUAAACUUCACAACGCGAAUACAACUGCAGUGGAAUGAUUCAAAGUGUGACACCAAAGGAAAUGAGGGUUUCAUCUGUAAGUACCAAAUGUGCGAAAGCCUAAACACUGACAUUGGAAAGGUCGUUUAUAAACCUCCUCUGCACACUGCAAGCCAAUUCUUUCCUCGUGUACCCCGAGGUUCGGUGGCCAUCAUUACUUGUAACAAUGGCAAUUCAGUCGCUGUGAAAUGUGGGCAACAACCGGGGCAAAUUAAAUGGUUACAUUCGAGAAACUUGGAAUCUCUAUGCAACAAUUGUUGGGAAAUUACAAAUAAUAGCUCUUGUCAAAAUGGAUGUUUUCAGACGGCCGAAGACGACUUCUGUUUCUGUGACAAGGGGUUUUCAGUGAAUCUUCAGCAGAAGAAAUGCGUUCCCGAGGGAGACGUGGAAAACGGUUUCAACACGUCGACCGGGACAUUCCUGAAAGUUAGUGAGAUCGCGGCUGCCAACACCAUUUCCCCUGUCUCCGGAUCAGCAUCCACAACAUCAAUACCUCUGCUCGGUCCUGCUGAAAAUUCGACGGCCACUCUUCCUCCAACUAUCAAAGGCUCAGAACCAGGAAAGCGGGAGGCUCGCUCAAAUGCGCCCUUCUUGAUAUACCAAGUUAUUAUUGGGGUCUUAGCUCUGAUGCUGCUGGUUGCAGUUACAGUGAUAAUUAUCAGGGAGCGGGGCAACAGAGGUGCCAAGAAAACGGAAGCCAAAGAACUUCAAAUGGAAACCAAAAAUGUAGAUUCUGUUCCCCAAGAGGACGAAAACGCCUCGGGGAGGACCAUUAUAAAUGUUACAAAUGAAAAUCAUUACGUGGAAACCCCGCCAGCGAGUGAAAACGAAAUUAACGUACCCAAGGAAAAUGGUGAAUUAAGUGUUUCGGUAGCACAGUGAAGAACCGCACGGA